GUGUGUGUGUGUGAUAAAGAGAGGAGGAGUGUUAAACAGUGAUCCAGACAGAGAAAGGUCUCCAGUCCAUCAUGAACAUCCGAAACGCAGCGCUGAUUCUCUCUGCUGUCCUGCACACAGUAUGGGGUCAGAGUCCCAUCGUGUCUGUUCGGCCGAAGACAGCUGCUGUUAAACUCGGCGAGACGGUCAGCUUCUCCUGCCGCGUGACCAGCGGAUCACAACCCGUCCAGCUGGAGUGGAAGAGGACCAACAACCAGCCGCUGGGAGAUAACGUGAAGCUUGGACCUGAUGGUGCCGUCCUGACCAUCACUGAUGUCCGUCUCAGUAACCAGGGCGGGUAUCGCUGCAUCGCCACCAAUGCUCAGGGAAAAGGGACGAACAUGGCCUCCCUGACCAUCAGACAUGGAUCCUGGUAUCAGAGUGUGUUUGUUGAUGCAGAGCCUCCAGAGGUGCGCGUGAAGCCAUCCGCGCCGCUGUCGGUUCACGCAGGAGAGAGUGUGACUCUGGAGUGCAGCGUCACGGGGAAGCCCCGCCCCUCCAUCAGCUGGACCAAACAGGGAAGUGAGGCGGAGCUUGUUUCCACGACAACAGACACCACAGCAUCACUACAGGUGACAGUGAUGUCAGCAGAGGAUGCUGGGAUAUUUGUGUGCCGCGCUCAGAGCAGGGAGGGGCUUGCUGAGGGGCGGGUGGAGCUCAGGCUGGAGGGCGGAGCCUCUGCUGGCAUGUUUCCCCAGGCCUCGGUUACAGAAACAGAUCUGACAGCCGUGGAGGGUCAGAGCGUGACCAUGCACUGCCACGCCACCGGCUCACCCACUCCAGUCAUCUCCUGGUCCAAACUGCGGGCACCGUUGCCGUGGCAACACCGGGUGAGCGGCGGGAGUCUGACCCUCAAUAACGUGGGUCGACAGGACUCAGGCCAGUACAUCUGUAACGCCACGAACGCUCUGGGCUUCAGCGAGGCCUACGUGCAGCUGGAGGUGGACUCGCCUCCGUACGCCACCACACUGACGGAUGAGACUGUGGCUGGUCCCGGCGACGCUCUGCGUCUGCAGUGUCUCGCUCACGGCACUCAUCCAAUCCGCUUCCGCUGGACGCGUGUGGGCGGAGCCUCUAUGUCACCGGGGGCGGAGACCACCAAAGACGGCCUGCUGAAGAUCGCGCAGCUCAAAGUAUCGGACAGCGGCACGUAUAAGUGCGUGGCGACCAAUCACGUGGGCUCCAGUGAAGCGCUGGCCAAAGUCACAGUGAGAGCUUAAUUACAGACCUGCUGAUUAUAGAAAUCUGCCCGUUAAUUAUGAGGACAUUAGAGACUUCAGACCUACAAGACGAUGAAGAGACCAAAUGUGAAGUUUUGCUAUGGUGUUCAAAACAUCUGAAAACAUGUUUUGUUUGUUUAUAUUCUGACAUUUUGAAUAUUUCUGUAAUGGCACGAUGGAAAGAUGCUUUCAAUUUGGCAUUCAAGUCAGAUAAACACAUAAUAAAGUUAAUAAUAAUG